AUGAAGAUCAUUUAUGUUAUUCUACUCUUCAUUGGGUUUAUUGGAUCAGCAGAAUCGUAUAAAGUACUGGUGUUCAAUCCAGCUUAUGGAGCGAGUCAUUCCAAUUUCCUUGGAAAAUUAUCAGAUAUUCUUAUCGACGGCGGACAUGAAGUGACAAUGUUGAUUCCCGUGUAUUUGGCAAACAAAAAAAAUCAAAUUGGAUCUAAAAAAGUGAAGAACAUUGUAGAAAUUGGUCAAGAUUCGAGGACCAAAGCAAUUUUCGAAGCAGGAAAUAUAGAGCAUGUGGUGAAGUCUAAAAUUUGGACGAUGGAUCCGGAGAUGAUGUCUCAUUUCAGUCUGAUCAGAAGUAUGAAUUCUGCAAUAAGUCAUGAAUGUGAAUUUAUUUUCCAACAAACUGAAAUCCUCCAAAAACUUCGAAAUGAAAGUUUUGAUCUUGCUAUAACAGAAUCUUUGUUUGCUUGUCCAUUUGCUGUUUUCGAUCAUAUUGGAAUCAAAACGGUCAUAAAUGCAGAAUCAAAUCUUUUCAAGGAUGCAGUAAAAUAUGCUCAUGGAGAGCCAGCUGCCAUCAGUUAUUUCCCGGGACUUUUUUCUCCGAUUAAUGACAAAAUGUCUUUCUUUGCCCGGAUCCAAAACUUGAUUCGAAUGAUAUUCACACAUUAUUUAACUGUUUCAAGAUAUCAGGGAGAAUUAGAAGCAAUUAAACCUUACUACAACAAAACGAAAAGUUGGACAGAGCUUAUUAGCGGUGUUGCUUUUUAUUUCAUUAACUCGAACCAAUAUUUGGAUUAUGCUAGUCCGAAUCUUCCAAAAACAGUGUUUAUCGGAGGAAUGCAAGUGGUUACGAACAAAAAGAGCACAAAAUUGAACAAGCACUGGGACAGUUUAUUGAGUGUUCGAAAACAAAAUGUGUUGAUUUCAUUUGGUUCAAAUGCUCAUUCAUGUGAUAUGCCUGAUGAAUACAAACAGUCAUUCCUCGAAGUAUUCGCUUCGAUGCCAGAAACAACAUUCAUUUGGAAAUACGAAGAUGAAAAUGCCACAUUGGCUGAUCAUCUUUCAAAUGUCGAGCUGACUAAAUGGAUGCCACAAAAUGAUCUUUUAGCUGACAGCCGUCUAACUUUGUUCGUCACUCACGGAGGACUGGGUAGCACAAUGGAAUUAGCUUAUCAGGGAAAACCAGCAUUGAUAAUUCCAUUGCUUGCUGACCAGCCAAGAAACGCUCAUAUGUUAACGAGACACGGUGGAUCACUUCAAUUUGACAAAACAAAACUAAGCAACUCAGAGGAUCUUCGGAGGGCGAUUAAGGAAGUUUUGAAUGACAAAAAGUACACUGAGACUUUUGGAGCAAGUCAUUCAAAUUUCUUGGGAAAAAUUUCCGAUAUUUUGAUAGAUGCUGGACAUGAAGUUACUAUGCUCAUUCCGGUUUUUGUUGAUGGGAAGAAGGAUUUAAUUGGAUCAAAGAAAGUGAAGAACAUCAUUAGACUUGGGCAAGAUCCAAGAAUCUAUCAAAUGCAAAAAGAAGGAGCAACAGAAGAAUUGAUGAGAAAGAAGAUUUGGACAAUGGGAGCUGAAAUCACAUCAAUGCUUGGGUUUGUUGGAAACUUCAGCAAAACUUCCGCUUAUCAAACUGAUUAUAUGUUCGCUCAAACGGAACUGAUUGAACAACUCCGAGAGGAAAAGUUUGACCUCGGAAUUACCGAGUCUCUGUUUCUUGGAGCUUUUUCUUUCUUUGAUGAAAUCGGAAUUAAAACAAUCAUAAAUGCUGACUCAACGCUUUAUAUGAAUGGAGUCAAAGAUGCUCUCGGAGAGCCAGCUGCCGUCUCAUACUACCCUGGACUAUUUUCUCCAAUUGACGAUAAAAUGGAUUUCUUCGGAAGAGUGAAAAAUGUUCUGGGUUAUCAAUUUGGAAUGUGGUUCAGUACUGUGAAGUAUGAUGCAGAGAUUGGAGCUCUACCAAAAAGUUAUAAAGGGUCGAGAGAUUGGAGAAAAAUAUUAAGUAGUGUUGCAUUCAAUUUUGUGAAUUCAAACCAGUACAUUGAUUAUGCUAGUCCAUCUCUUCCAAAAACAGUAUUUGUCGGUGGGAUGCAGGUGAACACAAAGAAAAGUGGAAAAGCAACUUUGUCUAAAGAAUGGGAUGAAGUUCUAUCAAAGAGAAAGACUAAUGUUUUGGUUUCUUUCGGAUCAAAUGCAUUCUCUUGUGACAUGCCAGAUGAGUUCAAAAAUGCGUUCCUAGAAGUUUUCGCUUCAAUGCCGGAAACUACUUUCAUCUGGAAAUAUGAAGAAGCAAAUGCAACAUUGGCAAAUCAUCUUCCGAAUGUAAAGCUGACAACUUGGAUGCCACAAAACGACAUUCUUGCUGAUGAUCGUCUAACGCUCUUCAUCACUCAUGGAGGUCUUGGAAGUUCUGUGGAGUUGGCCUAUCAAGGAAAACCAGCUGUUGUCAUUCCUCUGAUGGCUGAUCAACCAAGAAACGCCCACAUGCUCACUAGACACGGAGGAGCUCUCCAGCUCGAUAAAACACUUUUGGACAAACCAUCAGAGAUCAAGAAGGCUAUCGAAACAGUCUUGAAUGAUUCGAACUACAAGAAGAAUGCCCAGAGACUCGCAAAGAUUCUGGAAGAUCAACCAAAUAAACCGAAAGAUGUUGUCUUGAAACACUGUGACUUUGCAGUUGAAUACGGACCAUUGGAGACGCUGAAUUCAGAAGGACGUCAUCUGAAUACAUUCCAAUACUAUUCAUUAGAUAUUGCUUUCGCAGCUUUUGUUACUCAAGAGAACAUUACUGAGUCCUAA